ACCAAAUAUGAACGAUCUUGUUCUCCUUAUCGUUGCCUUGAUAGCACUAUGGGCUAGCGUUGCCCUCUCACGGCGGCGGCGAGGCCCCGGUGCCAAGCUCCCUCCGGGACCCCGUCCCCUACCGAUAGUCGGCAACAUCUUCCAACUCAGCGCGGAGCCCCACAAGUCCUUGACCGAGCUCGCCAAAACCCACGGCCCGCUCAUGUCCCUCCGCCUCGGCUCCCAGCUCGCCGUCGUCGCCUCGUCCCCGGACAUGGCCGCGGAGAUUCUCCACAAGCGCGGCCACGCCUUCUCGAACCGGUCCAUCCCGGACGCAGUCCGCAUCCACGGCUUCGACAAGGCCUCGUGGAACACCAUGGCAACUGACUCGGCGGGGUGGAAAAAAUUCCGCCGGGUCGGGCGGGAGCAGCUCUUCUCUAACCAGGCACUUCAGAAAACGGAGGGGCAGCGCCAGGAGACGCUGAGGAAGCUCACUGAGCACGUGCGCGGGUUCAGCGAGCGGGGCCAGGUGAUGAACGUCGGGGAGGCGACGUUCACCACCAUGACGGACCUGGUGUUCUCGACUCUCUUCUCGAUUAACCUCACCGAUUCGGCCGCGAAUAUGGAGCUCAAGGAGCAUGUGAAUGGUAUCACUAGGAGUAUUUUCAUGAAAUGGCGUUACGUUUAUACACAAUUAAGAAUUGUCCCUCCUAAAUAGACAUAAUUAUUGCAGGAGCCGACACAACAGAAUGGGCAAUGGUGGAAUUACUACUCAACCCUGAUAAAAUGGCAAAUCUCAAAGCUGAACGUAAGAGUGUUCUUGGAGAUAAAAGCACUGUGGAAGGAUCCCACAUCUCCAAACUCCCAUACUUGCAAGCCACAAUCAAUGAAGUGUUCCGAUGUCAUCCGGUUGGGCAUUUCAAUCGAGGGCCAACAUUUCGAAUUGAUUCCAUUUGGAUCAGGGAGAAGAAUUUGCCCAGGCAUGCCACUAGCUAGUCGCAUGCUAUUUUGCAUGGUGGCAACGUUGUGUCAUAACUUUAAUUGGGAGCUUGAAGGAGGAGUUGAAUCCAAACUACG